AUGUGUACUACUGUAGUACUACCACACCAUAUUGUCCAUAUUACACGUUCGAUUCUCGAUUUCCAACGUAUAACGUUCUUAUAAACAUCGCUGAAUUUAUUUGAUAAUUCAACGAUAACAAUUUGUUUUUAGCUAGUAGAGAAAUGGCAUUUAUUGGGGAUGUUACCGCAGAUCAACUGUUAGCUGGAUCCGAUGUGUUGUCCAGACCUGCAGAAGAAUUUGACAAUGAUCCUUCCGUAGAAGCUAUGUGGGCAAUGAAAGCAAUGGAGCACGCAGAAGUUUAUUUUAAUAUUUUAUGUUCUGUCGAUCCUAAGUUUUUAAAACUUACUCCUCACGAUGAACAAAUAUAUAAAACCUUUCGAGAUGUAUUCCCUGAUCUAAAAGUGAAUAAAAUAAAUGAGGACGAAUUAAAAUCGCCAGAGGGAAAAAUUAAGUGGAGACCAUUUUGCGAGCAAUUCAAGGGGCUUGUAGAGGACUAUAGUUUCGGUACAUUGUUGAGAGCAGAUUGCGACGGUGAUUACUCUGAAGAAAACAGUAUACUCACAACUAGAAUACAAUUUUAUGCCAUUGAACUUGCCAGAAAUAGAGAAGGUUUUAACGAUGGUAUUAGGAAAAAAUACAAGCCAAACAGAAGUACAGAAAAAUCGUAGGUUACAAUACGAUAUUCUGAUAUUACAUGUUAAAGAAUAAUUGCAUAGUAUGUAAUUUUUCAUCUACAAUUUUGUACAAUCUGAAUGUAUGAGGACUUGCAAAGAUACACAUUUUAAUAGAAUGUUAUUUAUACUGAACAGAGGCAAAAAAUAAACAAAGUUAAAGAAAA